UUAUGUGCCGGGAGUGGGGCCGAGCCGGGCGGCAGCGGCAGCUGGCGGGGCCGGCGCGGGCAUCAUGGGUGUGAUAGGUGUACAGUUGGUGGUUACCAUGGUAAUGGCUAGUGUCAUACAGAAGAUCAUACCUCACUAUUCUCUUGCUCGUUGGCUUCUCUGUAGUGGCAGCUUACGGUGGUAUCAACAUCCCACUGAAGAAGAACUGCGGAUUCUUGCAGGGAAGCAAAGAGGGAAGAGUAAAAAAGAUAGAAAAUACAAUGGUCACAUUGAAAACAAACCCUUAACCAUUCCAAAAGAUAUUGAUCUUCAUCUGGAAACAAAAUCUGUAACAGAAAGGGACACUAUUGCAUUGCAUUACUUUCCAGAAUAUCAGUGGUUGGUGGAUUUCACUGUUGCAGCUACAGUUGUGUAUGUGGUGACAGAAGCCUAUUACAGCAUUAUGAAGCCUUCUCAAGAAAUGAAUAUCAGCAUCGUGUGGUGUCUGCUUGUCUUGGCUUUUGCAGUUAAGGUACUGUUUUCGUUGACUACCCAUUAUUUCAAAGUUGAAGAUGGAGGUGAAAGAUCAGUCUGUGUCACCUUUGGUUUUUUCUUCUUUGUGAAAGCAAUGGCAAUACUUAUUGUGACAGAAAACUAUCUAGAGUUUGGAUUAGAAUCAGGAUUCUCGAAUUUCUCAGAAAGUGCUAUGCAGUUUCUUGAAAAACAAGGUUUGGAAUCCCAGGGUCCUGUAUCUAAACUAACCUUCAAAUUGUUCCUGGCUGUUCUGUGUUCACUUAUUGGUGCUUUUUUGACAUUCCCUGGCUUGCGACUGGCUCAAAUGCAUCUGGAUGCUCUGAAUUUAGCAACAGAAAAAAUAACACAAACAUUGCUACAUAUAAACUUCUUGGCACCUUUAUUUAUGGUUCUACUGUGGGUAAAACCAAUCACUAAGGACUACAUUAUGAGCCCACCUUUGGGCAAAGAGAGCAUUCCUUUAAUGUCAGAGGACACAUUUGAUACCAUCAGAUUGUGGAUUAUAAUCAUGUUGUGCAUUUUACGGUUGGCUAUGAUGCGUCAUCAUUUACAGGCUUAUCUGAAUUUAGCCCAGAAAAGUGUGGAUCAGAUGAAAAAGGAAGCUGGUAGAAUAAGUAUGGUUGAUUUACAGAAAAUGGUAGCUCGAGUAUUCUAUUAUCUCUGUGUAAUUGCACUUCAGUAUGUUGCACCAAUGGUAAUGCUCCUUCACACAACUCUGCUCUUGAAAACACUAGGUAAUUAUUCUUGGGGCAUCUACCCAGGAUUGAAUUCUGACACUCCAGUAGAAAACAGUCUGCUUCCCAAUUCUGUUUAUUCUGAGUCUCCACCUGCUGAUGGAAAGAUGAAAGUAACUGUAGUACAAAUAACAAUGGCUCUGGGAAGCCUAAAGAAUAUUUUCACUCCUCUCCUGUUCCGGGGACUCCUGUCUUUUCUCACCUGGUGGAUUGCUGCUUGCCUAUUUUCUACAAGCCUUUUUGGGCUCUUCUAUCACCAGUACCUGACUGUGGCAUGAGCAAGUCAACUGACAGAGCAAAUAUGAGGUCAAAUACUAGAUACAAACCCAGGUAUCCAAGAGGAGAUGAAGAGAAAACUAUAUAUGUGAAGAGAAAACAUAUAAUAAUUAUUUUUAAACACUUCCUUGGUGUUCUCAGGGUGAAUAAUCUCAAAAUGUUUAAAAUUUCAACUGGGUUUGUUAUUUUUGUUACCCAAAUGGUAGGUAACUAAUUCAGUUAUAGUCCUGGGAUUGACUGACAUUAUUGUGUUGUAGAUGUUGGUAAGCAUGCUGAAAAGAUGUGACCUCUGAGUACCUUGGUUUCCAUAAACAGCAAGCCAAACUCAAAAAUUUGCUUUUUAAGCAUCAACAGUCACUGACUGAACUGCAUUCAAAGGGUACUGGACAUAGUGAUGGUGGCUGCCUAUCAAUUAAGUCUUGAAACUGAGCCAUACAGUGAAAGGAGAGAGAGGGGAUUUUAAAAAAAAAAAAUUCUGUUGGAUAGCUAUUGAUCACUUUUCUCCUUGGAAAAUGAAAUAUCCAACAGGACUAAAGAGAUACUGUAUAUUACAGUAAGGAAAGUUGUAUAAAAUAUAAAUUUAACAAGAGUGGAUGUAUGUACCUGGCAGGUAUUGCUGCCUACAUAUUUUGCAGGAGUGCUUGUGCAGUAAGAAGAGAGUUAUAACAAAUACAUUAUUUCAGUCCCUGAAGUAAUUUUGAAGUAAUGGCCAUCUGUAUUGGUGCUAGUAUUGAUCCACAGAUUGCAUCUGGAUCUUUUAAAUUUCUUCUUUUGACGUAGUAGAUAAAUUCCAUUGAAUUUACAAAAGAAUAGAAAAUAAUUAGUGACACCAGUCAAACAUUUCUAAACAAAAGUUUAAUCCUGCUGACUGAUGGAGUAUGUAUAUGUGUAAUGAACAUAUAAAUAUAUAUUAUAUAUUAAAUAUAUAAUAUAUAUGAAGGUAUGAAAUAUGGAAUCUUUAUUUUAAAUUCCUGAAUGUAUCUUACAGGGCUGUGGGAAAGGGGUAUAUGUGUAUCUAGUAAUUUCAAGAUUCCCUUUUGAAAGGAAACUAAAUUCUUUUUUUUUUUUUUUUUUUUUUUUUUUUUUUUUUUUAGUUCAGGUGGAAGGGCUAUUUGGUUUUUGUGCCUCUUCAGAGGUACUUAGCUAUACUGAAGAACUUACACUGUCUUGGAAGAAAAGAUCUACUUGAACUGUUAAUCUUAAAAUUUCUCCUCUGUCAAAUCAUCUUUUGCCAAUUUAAUCUGUGCUAACUUGACCGUAUAAUGAUAAUUAAUAUAUCUUGGCUUCAGAAAUAGGUUUUCUGUAUAAUAAAACAGCUAUGUAAUAAGAAAAAGAGCAAAGUACUAACUUUACAGUUUUUGCUUAACUGGAGAGAUAGGUUCCAAUCAUAAAAUUAAUGACAGUUUUUUCAGAUGUUUUGUGUAUUUGCAAAACAGAAAUGGGGAUUUCUAUGUAAUAGCUUUUUUAAACAAUAUUACACUUUGCAGAAGUCAGUGGGUUUUUUAACUAAUACUAGCUGUUUUUAUGUUACUGUUCUUUUUCUCUUGAAUUUGUGUACAGCUUUGGCAUAUAAUAAGCAUUUAUAAAUGGAAAAGCUUAACUAAAUAUUUAAUAUGUAGCAAACCUACCAUAUGGGAAAACAAACUCAAUGAAUGCAGAAAAUCAAGAUUUUAAGCUGGUGAUAAACUAUUUUACUGUGUUGAAAGCCU